GCGUUUCGUCGUAUUUAAACUAAACAGCUGAUGUGAAUUUUAACUUCUUGCUUGCAAUUUGUUUGAAAAAACAAUUAAGCGUUGUUUAAAUGAUUCAGAACCUAUCUGGUCUUAUUUUUUGGAGCUCAGGAUGUCACUGACGAUACAACAAAUUAUAUUAGACGCUAAAAGACUCGCUGGACGUCUUAAAGAGAGAGACUCGGAGGCAGAUGCACUUUUAACUGAAACUCAGUCAGCAUACAGACAGAUCCACACUAUGAAACAGUAUAAGGAAGAUAUUGACACACUUAACGAAGCGGCUCGUGAGAGACCUAGGGGAGAGCUUAUUGCCAGUAUCGAGAGGGAGUCUCGGCUGAUGAGGGAUGUACAACGAGAGAAUAAUGAAUUGAGAGCUGCCUUGGAAGAUCAUAGGAAGGCUCUUGAGCUCAUAAUGUCAAAAUAUCGCCAACAUACAGAAAAGAAGAUAUGGGAGUCUAGGAUAGACUUCACCGCUGCCAUUAAUGAAAAGCAAAAUGAAUUGAUCCGCCAGCAAGCUGAGAGGAUAAAUGAAAUGACAAGCGUCAUGUACAAGGCCAUUAACAUGGAUGAAAAUGGAGAUGCUAGGAGGAAAGAGGAAGAAAUUUACCAAAGACUUUUAGUGGAGAACAAGGGUCUUCGGGAGAUGUUAGAUCUGUCAAGACGGUAUGGCUCGGAUCGUAUCGCACCACCAACUGCGGACAAGGAUGUGCAGACAGAUGGGCCACCGUUGGGAGGCGCGUGACGGAGCGCAGCCGACACCUGCCGCCUGUGAGCGCACACACACACACAUCGAGUCUCCAAACACAUGUAAAGCGUUGCCGUACCCACUGUGAGCGUGUGUCUACAAGCUUUUGUAUCGUUGCUCCGUACGAACCUCUUGACUGUGUACAUGUGAUUGCAAGAAUAAUGUAGGUGCCUACAAUCUUGGAAUGUCAUCGCUGUAUAAAUUGCGUAUGCCGUUUUUUGGAUACUUUAUCUUUCUUACCCUGAGAUUUUUGAUGUAAGAACUGUCUAAAUGUCCCUAUUUGAUGUUAAAUAUAAAAUGAUUUAAAUUUUAUAGUGCCCCAGUUAAAGAUAUUUGUUGUUAUAUGCGUUUUCAAUGUGUACAUUAUUAGUAUGUCUCACAAUAGAUGUUAUGGACAUAAAAUGGUCAAUAAGUUCACUAAUUAAUAUUAUCUUGUGUAACAAAACUUUGGUUUGGUUUUUCAUUUACUCACGAAAAAUAAAACAGUCGAGUUUUUGUUGAAAAAUAAUUAGGGAAACAAAGAAACCCAAUUAAACACACACAUUCAGGCUCAAAAUAUAUUGACCUAUUAUAAUGGCCUGUUUCACCGCUUCCUGAUAGGUGCCCGAUAGGGUUA